AGCCCAAGUGGUAAAAAGUUCCGAAGCAAGCCCCAGCUGGCACGCUACCUGGGGAGCUCGAUGGACCUCAGCACUUUUGACUUCCGCACAGGAAAAAUGUUGAUGAAUAAAAUGAACAAGAACAGACAAAGGAUGCGCUAUGACUGUUCCAACCAAGCCAAAGGCAAGCCUGAUUUGAACACAGCUCUGCCUGUCAGACAGACAGCCUCCAUAUUCAAACAGCCUGUCACAAAGAUCACAAACCAUCCCAGCAAUAAGGUGAAGAGUGAUCCUCAGAAAGCUGUGGACCAGCCCCGUCAGCUCUUCUGGGAGAAGAAAUUAAGUGGACUGAAUGCUUUUGACAUUGCAGAGGAGCUGGUGAAAACAAUGGACCUUCCAAAAGGUUUACAAGGGGUUGGACCUGGUUGCACUGAUGAAACCCUGCUCUCCGCUAUAGCUAGUGCUCUGCACACUAGCACUAUGCCAAUCACCGGACAGCUGUCGGCGGCCGUAGAGAAGAAUCCCGGAGUUUGGCUAAACACCUCACAGCCACUUUGCAAAGCAUUUAUGGUGACAGAUGAAGAUAUUAGGAAGCAAGAGGAACUGGUGCAGCAGGUGCGAAAGAGGCUGGAGGAAGCCCUGAUGGCUGACAUGCUGGCCCACGUAGAGGAAAUAGCAAGAGAUGGGGAAGCUCCUUCAGAGAAAGAAGGAGGUGAGGAAGAAGAAGAGGAAGAGGAGGAGGAGGAGCAGGACCAUGACCUGGAGAUGGAGAAUGUAUAGUCCAGGGAGUUCCGUCUAAGAAUUCCCAGUAUAAACCCUUUCAGCAGGGUCAGCACAACUAUUUACAAAGCCAAGAGUGUCUGCGGAGUGAAUUGCACCAACAGUCCAACUGUACCUAGGAGCAUUUUGAUGUACACGUCGGGAAAUGCUGAGAAGCUGAUGGUUCAUUAAUUGCUGGGUAGUUUUGAAGAUGGAACUUGACUUUACUCCCCCUCCUUUUUCUAAAGGGGUAGGGUAAUCGGGAAUGCAAAAGUGGGAGGGAAUAAAGGAUUAUAAAUUUGUGGGAGGGAAAAUACUAGGAACCAAAUUUCCAGUCCUUUUUUUUGUUGUUGUUGUGGGUCAACGAUAGGUGAUACAUUUUUAAGCUUUUCUAUCAAAGUACCUUUAACAGUGACCCAUAGGAACAAUUUUCUCGCUAACACAGCGAGAGAGAUGCUGUUUCACUCCUUGGCUACUCUGCUGUAGGCUACCUGU